AUGGCACUCCGAAAAUUUGAAGGACUGGAAUUCGAGGUUAUGAAGAGGCAUCAUGUUUCAUUGUUGUACUCCGUCGUGGACCAAGAUAUGGCCCCAUUAGGAUUGAAAACAGAACACUUGGAGAAGUUGUUAGAAUUUGGCAGCCUGAAAGGUGCUUUAUGUUCUGAUACUAGUACUGGUCAAGGGGGGUUAAUGAAGCGAAUAGCUCUCGAGUUAGAAGUGGAAAAGGAAGCUCAAACCGAAAGAGAUAAGAUGCUGAAAAUGCAAGUGUUGUAUUCUUCAUUUCAAUUGUUAGUAUGA